AUGCCCUCAGCCGUCGCCAACACUCCUUUACUGGAGUCUUUGACCUCUGUGUUCCCCCUUACGUUCCCUGCUCCGAAUCCACUCACGAAACCGGAUCUUGUGUCGACGAAGGACAUUGUGCGCGAAGAAGACCUCCUCCGGAAUCCCUUGUCUUUCCGCCACUGGUGGUCUGCUAUUCAAAAUGCGAAGGAGAUUGCCGCUGCUCAGCAAAAAGCUGAGGGGCCGUCUGACCUGAGCCCAGAAGCAGCUGCAUUCCUUGGACCUCUUGCUUCGCCUGCUGCUCGCAAGUCAUUGCAGCGACUGACGCACCUCUAUGAAGCCGCUCUUGCCAACUUCCCAACCUCUUAUAAGCUAUGGAAAUCGUAUUUGCAGACACGUAUGUCCUUUGUUCUUGGGAGGCUAAUCGUGAAGAAGAGGGCUGGUGGCAAGAAGAAACUACCGGAGAUGCGGGAGGCACUGCAAGACGAGAAAGAGGACAUGGAACAGUGGGAGGGAGGUCUCAAUGAGAUAAUAGGCUGGGACGAAUGGAAAGCACUCAUUGCGACCUUCGAACGUGCCCUCAUGUGGCUUCCCAAAAUGCCCCGGCUAUGGUUGCUGUAUACGUCCAUAUUCAACCAUCCCUUCUGCCCUCCAAUAGUCUCCCACACUCAUGCGCGACGUACAUUCGACCGUGCCCUGCGCACUCUUCCGCCAUCCUUGCACCAUCGCAUAUGGGCCCGCUACCUACUCUGGGCAGAGAACAAGGGUGGCGCGACGACUGUGUCUGUAUACCGGCGAUACCUCGCCGUUGACCCCAGCAUAACCGAACGCUACACUGCUAUCCUUCUCUCAGAGAACAACCCUGACCCGCGUCCAUUGGAGGCGGCCAAGCUACUCCUUUCGCUCGCCCGAAAAGCUGCAAGAGGAGAGUACACUAGUCCUGAGGGCAAGAGUCCAUACCAAUUGCUUGGGGACUUCCUGGACGUGGUAGAGCAGCAUGCUGAAGAGGUCGGUAUGGACGUGGACGACACAGUCAAAUCUCAUGAAGCGCAUGCAAGAGCUGAGGAGGAGCAGGCUGUAUCGAUAGUCCCAACUGAGCCUGCCUCUGUUAACGGCCAGCUAAUACGGUUCGCCGGGCCCGCUGUUGCAGUUGCAUCCGAUGGCACAACGCCCCUUCCACCAUACGACGAGGAUGAAGACCCGAUUAACUUGCGCAAACUGAACAUCGAGCGGAUUGUACGCAAUGACGGUCUGGAUGUGUACAAAGAUCAGGCAGGUCGCUUGUGGACAGGGCUUGCAACCUAUUGGAUCAAGCGUGGCGAGUUUGACCGCGCGAAGCAGACAUUCGAGAAUGGGAUCGCGGCAGUGCUCACGAUCCGUGACUUCACGCAAAUAUUCGAUGCAUAUGCGGAAUUCUCGGAGAGUCUAGUUAGCGCUCUCAUGGAGAGUCUUGCGAAUCCGGACGAGGAUGAAGACGAGGAAGACACGAAGGAGACCGAAGCAGAGUUAGACUCCAAGAUGAAGGAGUUCGAGGAGCUCAUGGAUCGGAGGCCAUUCCUCGUCAAUGACGUGCUGCUGAGACGGAAUCCAAAUGAUGUGCAAGAAUGGGAAAAGAGGGUAGCACUAUGGGGCAACGACGACGAGAAAGUGGCAGAGACAUACGGCCAAGCACUGUCCACGGUCAACCCCCGGAGAGCCACAGCCAACUUUCACCGCCUAUUCAUUAACUUUGCAAAGUUUUACGAAGAGGGCGGGACGACCGGUGAGGCGGAACAGGAUCUGGACAGCGCUCGCAAAGUACUUGAGAAAGCCACGAAAGUUAACUUCAAGUCCGUUGACGAGCUUGCGGAGGUGUGGUGCGAAUGGGCUGAAAUGGAGAUUCGACAUGAGAAUUACGACGAAGCGAUUCGCGUCAUGCAACGCGCCGCUGCUACUCCGAAGAAUACCAAAGUCAACUACCACGAUCACUCGCUAUCUGUUCAAGCCCGUCUGUUCAAGUCGCUCAAGCUCUGGUCCUUCUAUGUCGACCUGGAAGAAUCGCUCGGGACAGUGGAGUCCGCGAAGGCGGUGUACGACAAGAUACUUGAGCUACGAAUAGCGAAUGCACAAAUAAUUGUCAACUACGCUGCUUUCCUGGAAGAAAACCAGUACUACGAAGAAAGCUUCAAGGUGUACGAACGCGGCACCGAGCUUUUCACUUUCCCCGUCUCAUUCGAGAUCUGGAACAUAUACCUGGCCAAAUUCAUGAAGCGAUACGGUGAUACGAAGAUCGAGCGGGCUCGAGAUCUCUUUGAGCAAGCGCUUGAGAAGUGCCCACCGAAACAUUGCAAACCAAUCUUCAUUAUGUAUUCCGCAUAUGAGGAGGAAUUCGGCUUGGCCAAACGCGCCAUGUCCAUAUAUGACCGUGCAACUCGAGUCGUUCAAGACGAAGACAAGUUCGAGCUGUUCACAAUCUACAUUGCCAAAGCAACAGCCAGCUACGGUCUCCCCGCUACCCGACCGAUCUACGAGCGAGCUUUGGAAAUCCUUCCAGAUAGGCAAACUGCUGAGAUGUGUCUUCGCUUCGCCUCAAUGGAGCGGAAACUCGGUGAAAUUGAUCGUGCUCGCGCAAUAUAUGCACACGCGUCCCAAUUCUGCGAUCCUCGGGUCAAUCCAAAAUUCUGGGCGGAAUGGAAUACAUUCGAGAUCGAGACCGGGUCGGAGGACACGUUCCGCGAAAUGCUUCGAAUCAAGCGCAGCGUCCAGGCGCAAUUCAACACCGAGGCGUCGUACCUGGCGGCGCAGAUGGCUGUCAAGGAGGGGAAGGGAGAGGCUCGGGAGGAGGAACCUGCAAUGCCUGCAGACCCCAUGGCUGCCGCCGAGCAUCAGGCAGGCGGAGGCGCCAGGGGACCCGCGUUCGUUUCUGCGAAGCAAAAUCCGGCAUUGCAGAGCCAGGAGUCACAAUCUGCCGCUGGGCAGGGCAAUGCUGACGAGAUCCAUAUAUCGGACGACGAGAUGUAGCCUUUCUUGCUGUAAUGAUGUAGUUUGCUGAGU